GUCAUCCUGACACUUUAGAGCUAGGGAUUGAUUUUUUGUAUUAGCCUUCAUUAGGGUGCGAUGAGAAUAAAGAUGGAUAUGCUUUAAAACGAAAAACACACACAUAAAACCUAUAUAAGACUAACCGCAGUCGAACUUGUAAGAACGACAAAUGAAUGUGGUUUACAAAGCCAUUGAACAUUCAAAUCUCGGCCCCAACCAACGGCUACAUCCAACGCGCCCUUCAAGGCCUUCACACCGAUGGCCUCGACCUCGCCGCCUAUGGCCGACUCUUCCAGCACUUCACCGACCGCCGCCUCCCGCGUCAGGCCAAGCAGCUCCACUCCCGCCUCGUCCUCUUCUCCGUCAAGCCCGGCAACUUCCUCGCCUCAAAACUCAUCAACUUCUACUCUAGAGCCAACCGGCUCAAACAAGCCCACAAGGUGUUCGACGAAAUUCCCCACAAGAACACUUUUGCUUGGAACGCCCUGCUCAUUGGGUACUCCAUCCGCAACAUGCAUACCGAUACUCUGAGGGUGUUUUCGGCCAUGGUGGAGUCGGGCUCGCCGGAAGUGAAGCCGGAUAAUUUCACUAUAACGUGUGUGAUGAAGGCGCUGGGGGGAUUGUUUUCCGGUUCGGAUUUGGCUAAGGAGGUGCAUUGCUUUGUUCUGCGAAAUGGGUUCGAUUCGGAUGUCUUUGUUGCUAAUUGUUUGAUGACUUUCUACUCGAGAUGUGAUGAGGUUGGAAUGGCCAGGAGUUUGUUUGAUAGAAUGCUGGAGAAAGAUAUCGUGUCGUGGAAUUCGAUGAUUGCUGGGUAUUCUCAGGCUGGGUAUUAUGGAGAGUGUAAGGAGUUGUAUAGGGAGAUGUUGGAGUCUGUGGAGUUGAGGCCUGAUGAUGUGACUGCAGUUAGUGUCUUGCAGGCAUGUGUACAGUCCAGUGAUCUUAAAUUUGGUAUGGAGGUUCAUCAGUUUUUGAAUGACAGUCACAUUGAGAUGAAUGUCAUGCUUUACAAUGCUCUUAUAGGGUUAUAUGCAAGAUGUGGUAAGUUCGAUUGUGCUCAGGAAUUGUUUGAUGGGAUGAGUGAGAAGGAUGAUGUUACAUAUGGUUCAUUAGUUUCCGGGUACAUGUUUCACGGGUUUGUUGAUAAAGCCAUGGAUAUUUUCCGAGAAUGUACGAACCUAAGCUUAAGUACUUGGAAUGCUAUGAUUUCGGGUCUGGUUCAGAACAAUCGGCAUGAGGCUGCCAUAGAUUUAGUUCGUGAAAUGCAGGCAUGUGGUGUCAAACCAAAUACCGUGACAUUGUCAAGUGUUCUUCCUGCAAUUUCGUAUUUCUCAAAUUUGAAAGUAGGGAAAGAAAUACAUGCUCAUACAGUCAGAAACAAUUUUGAUUGGAAUAUUUAUGUUGCAACUGCUAUCAUUGAUACUUAUGCAAAGUCGGGUUUCCUUCCUGGGGCACAACAGGUUUUUGAUCAAUCAAAAUAUAAGAGCUUGGUCAUUUGGACAGCAAUAAUCUCAGCUUAUGCUACCCAUGGAGAUGCUUAUGUGUCUAUUGGUCUGUUCUACAAGAUGCUCAGUAGUGGGAUACAGCCAGAUGAAGUAACGUUUACAGCAGUAUUAACAGCUUGUUCUCAUUCUGGAGUGGUGGACGAAGCUUGGAAAAUCUUUAAGGCCAUGUUUCCGGUAUAUGGUAUUCACCCUUCGGUUGAGCACUAUGCAUGCAUGGUUGGUGUUCUUAGCCGGGCAGGGAGACUCACUGAAGCUUCUGAGUUAAUACAAAACAUGUCAAUCGAGCCAAGUGCUAAAGUUUGGGGUGCAUUACUUAAUGGGGCUUCAGUUGCUUGUAAUGUUGAACUGGGAAAGUUUGUUUGUGACCGUCUAUUUCAGAUGGAGCCUGAGAAUACCGGGAACUAUAUAAUUAUGGCAAAUUUAUAUUCACAAGCUGGGAGAUGGGAAGAAGCUGAUAAGGUCAGGGAAAGAAUGAAAGAAGUUGGAUUACAGAAAAUUCCUGGUAUUAGCUGGAUUGAAACAAGUGAUGGAUUACACAGCUUCAUAGCAAGGGAUGCAUCUAAUGUAAGAACUGAAGUGAUUUAUGAAAUACUUGAAGGAUUGCUAGGAUUGAUGAAAGAGAAAGGGUAUCUUUUGCAGGAUGAAUUAGAUGAGGAGGGUGUCAAUGGUUGAAGCCAAGAUCAAUUAUUACAGGAAGAAUGAUCCAAUACAGGAAUUGGAUGAGGGUAUUAUCACAGUGUUUGCUGAGACCCAGAAUCAGUAAGUCUAUUGAUUGGAAAAUGGGUGUUUCUUUGUACACCCACUUUGCUGUUUAUCACACACAUCUUUUUACUAAAGAAGUUUAUCACCAUUUUUAUCAGAGAAAAAUUCAGUCACCAUCCCCAAACUAUGCUGUCAAGGCCAAUUUGAUACCCGAACUCUCAAAAGUAUCAAUGUGAUACCCAAACAUGUAUUUUGACAUCAACGUGAUACUUCCGUAAAAAAUCUCUAACGGCUCCGUUUGUUUGCUGACGUGGCAAGCACAUGGAUCCCAAAAAAAGGUUAAAUGACCAAUUUACCCUUUUCUUUUGUUAAUUAAUUUUUUUUUUCAAUAUUGCUUUCAUUAUUACUGCCGGAGCCGGUAAAGCCGAUCGAUCCAGUUUUCUAUUUUCCAGACUUUCAAUCUCUCUCCCCAUCCCAAGCGAAAGUAGACUGUGGUCAUAUAAAAUCAUCAUACAUUCAUGUCCAUAACAUUUGCUCGGCUUCAUUCAUAUAGGUACCACGCUCCUCCUCUUCUUGUCCACGAAUCCUUACCAACUCCAACUCUGCAGCAGAACAUCUCACGAGUCAUUGUCUCCAUACCUUUCCAUGACCCAAAAAUCAACAUAACCAGAGGCAGCAAGACUUCCAUAAAGCCAUAGACACAGACACCCUUCACUGCAAUAAACCGCAACACUGAAAUUCACACUGUCAUCUCCUUCAACCUUAGGAAACGGAAGCCGCAGUCUCCGAAACUCCUCCAUCUCCAAAUCAAAGACAACAAUAGGAUCCUCCUCGUCAUCAAACUCGGGAUUGUAGUCCUCAAUUACCCAAUGCAGCUUCUCGUUUACAAUAACACCUUGAUACCUCAAUCACCCAAUCCGG